AUGGGUUGGGAGUGUGGGUUGGGAGUGUGGGUUGGGAGUGUGGGUUGUGGGUUAAGAGCGUGGGUUGGGAGUGUGGGUUGUGGGUUAAGAGCGUGGGUUGGGAGUGUGGGUUGUGGGUUGAGAGCGUGGGUUGGGAGUAUCUAUUCUUCUCUCUGUUUAAUUGUGAUUCACGCUUUCGUUGUUGCUGCAUUUGAAACUCCAGUACCACUGAAAAAUAUCAGGAAUCAAGUGAGCCAAGUGAUCAAAGUGACCAAAGCGAUUAAAGAUGUCAAAGUAGUCAGAUUCAUGCAAAUGUCAUCGAACAUUGUAUUGGACCAGGCUGCAAGAUCAGAAGGAAGUGAUCUUACAGCGUACAGUUAUUAA